UCUCUGUUAUUGUUGCUGCAGCUGAAUCUUUUGGUUGCAACUAAAGUAGGUGAAGAAGGGCUUGACAUUCAGACUUGCGGUCUUGUGAUACGUUUUGAUCUUCCAGAAAAUGUUGCCAGUUUUAUUCAAUCAAGGGGUCGGGCCAGAAUGCCUCAAUCUGAAUAUGCAUUUUUGGUAGACAGUGAUAACCAGAAGGAAGUAGAUCUGAUUGAGAAUUUUCAAAAAGGUGAAGAGCGAAUGAAUCUAGAAAUUGUUUCCAGAACAUCUAAUGACACAUUUCCUCGAUCAGAUGAAAGAAUAUAUAGAGUUGAGUCAUCUGGUGCUUCCAUCAGCUCUGGAUAUAGUGUUUCAUUACUCCAUCAAUAUUGUUCUCAACUCCCACAUGAUGAGUACUUUCACCCAAAGCCAAAAUUUUAUUUUUUUGAUGAUUUAGGUGGAACUGUCUGCCAUGUAGUAUUACCUUCCAAUGCUCCAAUAAAUCAGAUUGUCGGUGCACCACAGUUCUCCAUGGAAGCUGCUAAAAAAGAUGCUUGUCUGAAUGCAGUGGAAGAGUUGCACAAAUUGGGUGUGUUGAGUGACUUUCUCUUGCCAAAGAAAAAAAAUAUAGAUGAGCCUUCGGCCCUGGUCUCGUCUGAUUCUGAUAGCUGCGAAGACGAGGAUUCACAAGGCAAAUUAUAUGAGAUGCUAGUUCCUGGUAUAUUUAGGGAACCAUGGAGUACAUCAGAGAAUCUUGUCUGUCUUUGUUCUUACUACAUAAAAUUCGUUCCUGAUCCCAAUGAUAGAAUUUAUAGAAAGUUUGGUCUUUUCCUCAAGGAUCCUCUCCCCAUAGAGGCAGAGAGAAUGGAACUUGAUCUCCACCUAGCUCGUCGUAGAUCUGUAUUGACAACCCUUAUCCCAGCAGGGGUUACAGAAUUUGAUAAAGAUGAGAUUUUGCAGGCGCAGCAUUUUCAAGAGAUGUGCUUCAAGGUCAUCCUUGACCGGAAAAAACUUAUUCCAGAUUUUGUUCCUUUAGAAAGUGGAAGUCUUUCUAAAUCAAGCUUCCCAAGCUUCUACCUGUUGCUUCCAGUUAUUUGGCUUGAUGAUGAACAUGCAAUGACUAUAGACUGGCAGACUAUCCGAACAUGUUUAUCAUCUCCAGUUUUUAAAACUCUAGCCAACGAUAUAGAGAAAGAAAUUCUUUGUUCAGAUGUUCACUUGCAGCUUGCUAAUGGUUGCUGGAGUACUAGUGAUGUGGAGAAACAGUCUAGUAUAUGCCACUCAUAGAAGAUAUUUUACU